ACGUUUAGCGACUCUCUCAGUCUAUUGGUCACUUCGCAUGUCAUUAUCAUAGUCGGUUUUUGUUGUGGAAAUCAUGUUAACGCUGUUACAACUGUAACUCUGUUGAACUAUAUGUUUGGCGGCGACAUUGGAAAAGGAAACCAUUUAUACAUUCGUCGCAACACCCCAACAACAGAAACUUCAGAAUGAGUGUGGGGUUCAUCGGAGCGGGUCAGUUGGCCCAUGCCUUGGUGAAGGGAUUCAGCGCUGCAGGUAUCAUUGCCACACAGAGGAUCACUGCCAGCUCCCCAGACACAGAUCUUCCCACAGUGUCUGGACUGCGGAGAAUGGGUGUCAAUCUCACAACCAGCAACAAGGAGGUGGUGAACAAGAGUGACGUUCUGUUUCUGGCUGUCAAACCACACAUCAUCCCCUUCGUGUUGGAUGAGAUCGGACCGGACAUUGAGGACCGCCACCUCAUUGUGUCCUGUGCAGCUGGUGUCACCAUCAGCUCCAUUGAGAAGAAGCUGCUCCAGUACCGCCCGUUCCCCAAGGUGAUGCGAUGCAUGACCAACACCCCGGUGGUGGUUCGGGAGGGAGCCACGGUCUACGCCACGGGUACCCACGCCGAGCUAGAGGACGGGAGGCUGCUGGAGCAGCUGAUGGCCAGUGUGGGCUACUGCACGGAGGUGGAGGAGGACCUGAUCGAUGCCGUCACCGGACUCAGUGGCAGUGGACCUGCCUAUGCAUUUACAGCUGUGGAAGCGCUUGCUGACGGGGGGGUGAAAAUGGGUCUGCCCAGGAGACUGGCUAUACGGCUUGGAGCACAGGCCCUGCUGGGAGCAGCCAAAAUGCUGUUGGACUCGGAGCAGCACCCUGGCCAGCUGAAGGACAACGUUUGCUCCCCAGGGGGCGCGACCAUUCACGCCCUGCACGUCAUGGAGAGUGGGGGCUUCCGCGCCCUGCUCAUCAACGCUGUGGAGGCCUCCUGCAUUAGGACCAGGGAGCUCCAGUUCUUGGCUGACCAGGAGAAGAUCUCUCCUGCGGCCAUCAAGAAGACUACGCUGGACAAGGUUCUGCAGCAGCCAGGGGUGGGAACAGGGGUGGGCGUCCGGACGGGAUCUGGGAUCAGCCUGUUCAACAGCAGCAACCCCAGGCAUAAGAAGUAAUUGAACUGAGUGGCUCUGAUCACAGAACAGGGGUGAAUUCAUUAGUGCAUUGCAGACCAUAUCAAAACAUUUUGCAACAAAAACAAGUUUCUUAGCGGACAAGUUCAGGUAGUUCCUCCCUGUUUCGGUCUUUUUGCUUCCUAGUGAUUCGCCCCAGGAAGAGACCCUCAAAAGAAUGAAACGCCGCUGAACAUAUUAUCUCAACCCUAAAACAUUUGUUAUGGUUAUAGCAUGCCAGCUGAGAGGAGGGGCAUAAAUGACAGCUUCAUAAAUGUGAUGAUAAACUUAAAGCAGCAAUAGAGGAUGUAGGGUGAAGGGACACUUUUCCUGCUCUCCUUCCAUGUUCACUGACUAGAAACAUCUGGACAGGUAAAAGCAAGUUCCUAAUAGAUAUUAUGGCUUCCACCUGUCCAGUGUUGUCAUAUCAGUGCAGAUGAAGGAGAAAAGCGGUAGGAGGUGACUGGGGGAAGAAGACUAACAUAGACAGUUAAGAUGGACCAACAUGGUGAUGAGCAACAGGUCACAAUUCCUUUACAUUUUAGCCAUUUAGCAGAUGCUCUUAUCCAGAGCGACUUACAGGUGCAAUUAUGGUCAAGUGCCUUGCUCAAGGGCACGUGAACAGAUUUUUCACCUAGUCGGCUCUGGACUCGAACCAGGUAUCUAUCGGUUACUGUUGGAACGUACUUAACCUCUAGGUUACCUGCCGCCCACUCCCUUUCAGUAGAAACACAGCGACAGAUGUGGAGUUGGAUGUCUUAUGUGCUUAGCUAUCUAUAGCUUCUGUUUCAUAGACUGUGUGUCUAUAUGUUCCGUUAGACAGAUUGUUAGGUCAUACAUUAUGUACAGUCUUACUGGAACUAUUUUGGUCUGUUGCUAAACAGCAAAGGUCCCUGUUUUCUAUUGUUGUUUAUCUCUUCAUUUUCUGGCUAUUUUCUUUGCUUGAUUGAGAGAUGAUAUUACAGCUUUAGUAUGUUAAUCAUUUUAGCCUGACUGAGGGAGUUGUAGAAGGAGCAACACUGUUUAGACACACUUGGAAACCACAACAAAAUGGGAAAUAUAUUUAACUGUUCUUUAUCCAGAUUUGUCUUCUUUAAAAUAGACUUGUUCAGGAUGGUAGGAGUCAUUAAUGUUACAAAAGUUACACACAUAUAGAUAUCUAUCUAUACUGAACAAAAAUAUAAACGGAACAUGCAACAAUUUCAACGAUUUUAUCGUUACAGUUCAUAUGAGGAAAUCAUUCAAUUAAAAUCGAUUUAUUAGGCCCUAAUCUAUGGACUUUAAAUGACUGGGAAUACAGAUAUGCAUCUGUUUGACAAAGAUGCCUUAAUAAAAAUGGGCCUCACAAUGGGCCUCAGGAUCUCA